GCCACAUUUGGUUCAGGAAAUUUGCUCAGACGUGACUUCUCGAAGAGCCUUUCUCUUAAGAUGCGUCAGCAUCCAAAUCCUCUUCGGUCCAACCCGGUCCGACAGGAACUACGUACCCAAAGCAGUACAGACCCAUAUCCAGUCACACCAAUUCACAAUCAAGCUGGGCCUUCCAUACCAUCAGAAAGUGUAGUAAGUCCAUUCUUUAAGAGUCAGCACCAGGUUUCGAGGUUGCACACAAAGCGGGCGGCAAUCGCUGAGCAACAACGUAGUUCACAUCAUUUCGACGCCUAUCCAUCUCCAAGGACGCAAACAACGCCAAUGCAACCUAAUUGGCGUGGAGUUGGGGGUUUGAAUGGACUGUCCUUCUUCGACUCUCCGGUCAAUAACAGGAACGAGCGUAUAUUGUACAGCAAAAGCUUAUGGCCACCUCGCCCUGAACAACCCACAACCCUUCUCACCCCGCGCAGAACCGGCCAUGACGCUUUGGACCGCAGGGUUCCAACAGAUACAACAGUUGAUCGCUCUACCGCUGCUCGCAAUAGAUACUCCCAUGCCCAUGGAUCUGAAAUCUUGAGCCGGCCAUUGUAUAAUCAAGUCGGCGGUUUUCCGCGGACCACAUUGCAAAGCACCCCAGCUUUCAAACGUCUUCCUUCAGCUCUUCCCACUUUUGUUAAAGCCCCAUCAUCGCGUUCAAAUCUCAAUCGUCUUGUACAAACUGGAGUUCGGGGUAGUCAGACAUCACGAAUGCCCUCGUCACAAAGUCUGUCCAGCUCGCCACGGUUAACGCUAUUUCCCGACUUUCGACGUCGAAGCAUCAAACGAUGAUUUCCCUCAGAACAAGAAGCAAAGGUUGAGCACCUUGCGAACUGCAAAUCUGGAAAUUAUGGACAAUGGUGAAUUCCCCUUAUAAUGAAUCUGUACUCCCCGAUGUAUUUACGUUUUCACCCUUCACAGAGAUCAUGUAAAUAAGAUGCUUAAGGUCCCAGUUUUCACUAUCCUAUGUCCACAGUUCAACGUGAGAAGGGAAGAUGAGCGUCUC